UCACGUAAUGCAAUAGGCUUCACUAGUCCUUGAGCAACAUCUACCAGACCAAAAAAAAAAAAAAAAAAAUCAAGCAAGCAGAGGGGAAAAAAACACACUGCGUGUUCGAAAACAAAGAGCAAAGUUCAUAUCAAACCAAAUACUAAGAAUGUGCCAAAAAAAGGUUCACUCCCCUGUUAGUAGGAUGACUGCUUCAUAGCACUCAGGAUUUCAGAUGGUCCUGCGGGUUGACCUGGGAUAACAGCAGUGUAAGGCUCGUGGCGUCCUGACAAACUGGAUCACACAGCAGCCAGCAUGUUCAAAAGUGGGCUGAAGAUCAUGGGGAUCACCCCUGAUCUGUUCCCGGAAACACCCCUGGUGCCGUCGCUGCCCGCAAUAUCGUCGGCGCGAGCCGGCCCUGCCCCUCAUAAGCCCCAGAGGCGCAGCAGCAGAAGUGACAGUGCUGCCAGGCCCCGCCCGUUGCGCUCAGCCCCCAGGCCAGGCCCCAACAGAGGCAGCAUGGAGGUGGGCAUGCGCGUGGUGCGCGGCCUGGACUGGAAAUGGGGAAACCAGGAUGAUGGUGAGGGCCAUGUGGGCACCGUGGUGGAGAUCGGGCGGCAGGGCAGCACUACCACGCCAGACAAGACAGUGGUGGUGCAGUGGGACAGCGGCACACGGACCAACUACCGCACUGGCUACCAGGGUGCCUACGACCUGCUGCUUUAUGAUAAUGCUCAAAUAGGCGUGCGUCACUCCAACAUCAUCUGUGACAGCUGUAAAAAGCAUGGCAUCAUGGGAAUGCGAUGGAAGUGCAAAGUGUGCUUCGACUACGACCUGUGCACCCAGUGUUACAUGAACAACAAGCAUGACCUGAGCCACGCUUUCGAGCGCUAUGAGACAGCACACUCCCAGCCAGUGAGCUUGGCGCCGAGGCAGAACCUCCCACGGAUCAUCCUCAAAGGAAUCUUCCAGGGGGUUAAAGUUGUUCGUGGACCUGACUGGGACUGGGGAAACCAAGACGGCGGGGAGGGUAAGGUUGGGAAGGUAGUGGAUAUUCGCGGCUGGGACACAGAGUCUGGUCGCAGCGUGGCCAGUGUCACCUGGUCUAACGGCACCACCAAUGUCUACCGAAUGGGCCACAAGGGCAAGGUAGACCUCAAAUACGUGUCUGACGGCCAAGGAGGCUUCUAUUACAAAGACCACCUACCAAAGCUUGGAGAGCACGCGGAGUUGCAGCGCCAGGAGAGCGCUGAUGGCCACUCCUUCCAGCAGGGCGACAAGGUCAAAUGUCUCUUGGAGGUGGACAUCCUGCGACAGAUGCAAGAGGGGCAUGGAGGGUGGAACCCUAAAAUGGCAGAGUACAUUUGCCGGAUCGGGACUGUUCAUAGAAUCACUGACCGAGGAGAUGUCAGAGUCCAGUAUAGCAACAACAUCCGCUGGACUUUCCAUCCUGGGGCCCUCACCAAGGUGAACACUUUUGGAGUCGGUGAACUAGUAAGAGUACUGGAGGACAUGGAGAGUGUGAAGAGACUGCAGGCUGGCCAUGGAGAGUGGACAGACAGCAUGGCUCCUGUGCUUGGCCAGGUUGGGAAGGUGUUGAAAGUAUAUGCGGAUGGAGACCUGCGGGUGGCAUUUGGAGGUCAGACGUGGACGUUUAAUCCAGCGUGCCUCUCGGCCCAACCCGUGGAGGUGGACGCCAACCUCAUGACGGCCGAGAACCCCAGCGAAUCUGGAAGUACUGUCAUCUCAGUGUUGGAGAAGCUGCUGUCUCAGUCCACGGAGCAGGACAAUCCCAGCCGGUUGGUCAUUGAGGCAGCACAUGGCAGUGCCAGCAAAGUGCGGGAAUUGGUGCAGAAAUAUCCUGACAAGGUGGAUAUAAAGAACCAGGGCAAGACUGCGCUGCAGGUCGCUGCUCACCAAGGCCACAUGGAGGUGGUGAAGGCCCUGCUGCAGGCCAACGGCUCCAUCGAGGUCAAGGAUGAAGAUGGGGACACAGCGUUACACUACACUGCCUUCGGAAAUCAGGCAGAGAUCACACGGCUGCUGUUGAGCAAGGGGGCAAACGUCAACCUCCUGAACAACUCCAUGUGCACGGCGCUCCACAUCGCUGUCAACAAGGGCUUCACUGACGUGGUGCGAGUGCUGACCGAACAUUCGGCUGACGUCAAUCUCCAGGACUCGUAUGGGGACACACCUCUCCACGACGCCAUUGCUAAAGAUUUUCGCAAUAUCAUUGAGAUCCUGGUCGUGGUGCCCAACAUUGACUUCACUCAGCAGAACCACAGAGGCUUCAACCUGCUGCACCAUGCUGCCCUCAAAGGAAACAAACUGGCCACAGAGAAGAUCCUAGCCCGAGCACGGCAGCUAGUGGAUGUUAAGAAGGAGGACGGCUUCUCCGCGCUGCAUCUGGCUGCCCUCAACAACCACAGAGAUGUCGCCGAGAUCCUUAUCAAGGAGGGACGAUGUGACAUAAACAUCCGCAACAACCGCAACCAGACACCGCUGCAGCUGGCGGUGACGCAGGGCCACACGGACCUGGUGCAGCUGCUGGUGGCCGAGGGCGCAGACGUCAACAUGGAGGACGAGGACGGUGACACAGCCAUGCACGUGGCCCUCCUCCGCCCACAGCUGGCCAACGUUAUGCUCAGUCCUAUUGUGGGAACCAGCAGCACUGAGGAGAGCAGCGAAGGAUGUUCCUCCACGUCGCUCUACUGCAGGCUGAGCGCUUCGGGUCUUCUGGGGAAUACCGAGCUCAACGUCGGAGUCGCUAUGGCUUGUUUUCUAGCACAGGAAGGGGCUGACAUCAACUAUGCCAACCACAAGGGCAAGAGUCCUCUGGACUUUGUGGCAGACAGCACAAUGUUGCAGCUCAUCAAGAGCUUCUCUGAGAAGCACAGGUUGCAACGUUUGCAGGCCAUCACGUGUGGACAGGGCUUGAGCAGUGCUAGCCUGCGGCGGGUCCACACAACACCCAACACCAUGACCAACCUGGUUCUUCCCACACCGCCGGGGCCCAGCGAAUGCCUCAUCUGCUCCGAGCUGGCUCUGCUGGUUCUCUUCUGCCCCUGCCAGCACAGUGUGGCCUGUGAAGAGUGUGCCCAUCGAAUGAAGAAAUGCAUCAAAUGCCAAGUCACAAUCACUAAGAAAAUUAGACAAGACCAAACAGAGGUGGAUUGCAGUCCUGGCAAUGAGAACUCGGAGCAGCACAACCUGCUGGAGCAGCUGCAGUCCCGCUACCGCCAGAUGGAGGAGCGGAUCACCUGCCCCAUCUGCAUCGACAACCACAUCAAGCUGGUCUUCCAGUGCGGACACGCCUCCUGCAUCGACUGCAGCGCUGCGCUCAAGACCUGCCCAAUCUGCCGGCAGACCAUCCGUGAGCGAAUCCAGUUGUUCGUCUGAGCUUCUCUGUCGUCUCAGCUCUGAAUGGCCCAAAGAGGAUGUGAGUAUGUUGGAGGGGGUUGGAGAGAAGUGAGGGUGAAGGUUGGAGCGGGCAGCUGUUGCCUUUGAAGACCCAGUGACCUGCAUCUGCCUGUCGCACCCUCCUGCUCAUCCCUGCCACAGGUAAUCAAAUACUCACUCAGCCCAUGUUGCUUUACUAUAAGACGCUGUGUUACAUCGCUGAGAGUCCGCUGUUCGUUACAUUUUGAGUAGUUUCCCUCUCGAGCAGCGCGGGCAGGAACACGUCGAUCACUUUAACUUUGUUUUCAGUGUCAGAACUGAGAUUCUGCCGAGCUCGGCGAGACGCAGACGUGGCGAAGUUGUGAGGCGACGCUGCCACUUUGAAUACUCUAAUUGUUAAGCCUGGAGAAAAAGGCCCCUUACUUCUUCUUUUCCACCUCCUGUAAUCUGUCCUGUCUUUGCUGCUUUAAGUGGAUGUCUGUUACCCAUCAUCCUCUCUGGCUGUCUGGCCUCUUCUGUUUACAAGGCUGCACAGAAUCAGUCCCCAUGUUUUCGCCCCCUUGGCCUGUCCUGUGAAUUCUGUUUGCUCUCAUUUGUAUCAAUCUCUUAAUAAUCAGUGUUAGUCUCUGCAGAGGGAGUUGGUAUAACUAAACACUCUCUUUAUAGUCCCCAGCCACUCGCCUGUAUGCAAGGGGAAAUACACACUAUAUAUGCAUGAGUAUAUGCAUAUUGUAAAGCUGAAAAUGACUGUGUCGUCAUGGGUGAUUUGUUGUUGUUGUUGUUGUUUAAUUUCUCUCUGGUUACAUUUGUGGUUUUUAAUGUACCGAUAAGUACAGAUUUUUAUUUAUGUGUGAAAGGUGGUAUUACUUAGUAAUGUCCUUUUCUCAGUUGGUGUUUGCUCGGCAAAAAUGUUAUUGUUUCUACUGAAAUUCACCCCAAGCCUAUGUCCUCUACUCAGGGUAUCAAAUUAUUGAAAGCACUUGUGAUAUCCAUAAAUGGUUGAUAUCCCCCCUCACCACCCCUCCGACCCAACAACCACUAUCAUGGAGCUAACAGUGUAUCACAUCAUUUUAGUGGAGGGUCACUGAAAGAAAAGGUCAUUAAUAACUAAUCAUAAAUCUGUGGAUGGUGUCUCAAAAUUCAAGAGAAAACACUCAAUUCACUUUAUUAACCCUGAUUUUGUUUCUUCUCAUUAGUGAAAUGAAUGUUUGCAGAGGAGUAUCUGCAACAAACAUUUUAUUCCAUUUUUACUCCAAAAAAAUGCAAGAA